GACAGGGUGGCAGCCUUCCACAGUGUGGAACAGAACAGCUGUGCUGCGUUUGGAAAUAAUUACGUAAAUUCGGCAGAAAACAUGUCGUUCUUACGCUCCAAAUACUACGAUCAUCCCGAUGGCGAAGAUGCCUUUGGAAAGAUUGUGGCCACCAACAAAUAUGCUGUCGUUACCGGACUGGCGUGGUCCACAGUGGACGUAUUGACGUUGUCCAAGCCUAAAGGCUACAUACCCACGAUUGGACGCUUUGCGUACAACACGGGCCCGUUGAUGGGCAUGGCCACAGCAUUUACGCUAACCACGCUCGCUGCCACAAACAUACGCGGCAAGGAUGAUAAAAUAAACUAUAUGAUUGGAGGCUUUGCUGCUGGUGGCGUCUAUGGUGCGUGGAAACACAGUCAUGUUGCUGGCUUAGUCGCUGGUCUCUUCCUAGGCAUGGCCGGUGUCAUCAAGAAGAUGUCCAUUGAACAGGGCUGGGAAUUCUUCCCGAACUCACCCACGCAUCAAUAUGGUAGCUUAAACGUUGCGCAGAACGAUUAUUCUCUUAUGUCCGAGCGUCCCAAAACCUGGACCGCAGAAAAGAAGUAAUAGCAGAUAUAAAAUGUGUGCAAGAGCCAAUCACUGACCAUGGUUAAUAAGCUCUUGCGUCUGUUUAGCUAAUAAUGUAAUAAAAGGAAAACUGGCACUUGUAAAGCUUCGAAAACGCAACCGAAUAAAUGCCAAGUGAGUGGUGAUAAUCUACAACA